CACAAUCGUCCAACCGUUUAGUCCGUUCCACAAACACAAGCGCGUAUGACCUCAACGUUAGCUAGUUCCAGUCGAUUCGGAUAUAUUACUCGCCAACAGGUGGCAGGUAGUUUGUCAAAAUUAUUACGACGACGACGUGUAGAAUGUUGUGAUAUUUUCUGUAGGAUAAGUUUAUACCGUCUUGAACAAACAAACACGCGGUCGUUUUUUUAGUGACAAAAUGUGUAUUGUGUACAUAUAAUGUAACUUUUGAUAUUGGUUGUUAUUUUCCGUUGGUAUACGAUUAACUUGCUGGAUUACACCGAAGAUUUUUAUGGUACCAUUUUUCUGAAUUGCUCAGAAAUUUUAAAUAAGGUCUAACCGUGGUGCGACUGUGAGCAUGAUGCAGAUUACCGAAGAUACACCCCCAGACAUGUUAGCAGGAGCAAUGGACCUUAUUAUACACCUUCCUACUGGAAGAAAUGUUAAAAUGUCUGUUGAAAGAAGCACACCGAUGAUGGAUCUUCUGGUUCAAAUAACCACCACGCACCAGCUCCAGCUUUCUAACUACACGCUGCAAACUCUGGGAGUGGCACCAUCAUCCGAUCGUAGCGACAAAAUUCUUCCUUAUACACCUAAUACACCCAUUGGCACCUUAGACACUCAACACAUUAAGGUAGUACCUAAAACAAAGAGUGUUGCGGUACCAAAGAAUAUUCCACCAGGACAUCAACCAUUUGAAAGUACUUUUAGAUUGAAGGUGCACUUACCUCGAAAUCAAUUGUAUGUGACUCGAGUCAGUAGAAAUGUGCUUCUGGAAGAUAUUAUGAAGAAAGUGUGUGAAGAAAAGAAUUUGGAUCCUCUGAAGUAUGAAUUUAAACAUCCAGGAAACAUCAAUGAAACUUUGGAUCCCAAGUUGACCUUGAGCGAUUAUCAGAUCACCGAAAUUUACGUGGUCGGAAAAGGAACACACAGUCUUACUCAAGCAUUUUCCAGUAGCGACAUUAUGGCAUUAAGAAAAGAAGAAGAAAGGAAACAAAUGCAUAACAAGACUGGAGGAGGUGUAUUCAACUUAAUUUUUAGGAGAGGAAAAUCGAGUAUGGGUUCGGGUUCAAUCUCCAGCGAUACACGUUCUAUUUCGCCGACUCACAGCGACGAUUCCCGCUCAGUUACACCACCUGCAGUCAUUCAGCAACCUAUUCUGCCACCGCCGAAGCAAGAUCCGCCUCCCGAACGACCGAAACCUCCACAACGUAAACGGAGACCCGCUCCGAGACCUCCGCAGCUAACCCCUCCACAGCAGGAGAUACCUAAGGAGGAAACUGCCAUUGAUGCUGAAGAUUCUAAAGAAUCUCGUCGAAAUUCGGAAGAAAAACCAGCGAGCACCGUUUCAGAAGUUAGUGAGUUGCAGUCGAAAAAAAUCGAAACAGGUUUAGUCAUCUGUCAUUCCAGAAAUAGUUCAGAUAGUUCAGGAUACCAUGAAGCAUCAGUUUUAAGUGACAACUGCAACACGUCGUUGCCACGAAGGCCAAAAUCGGCUUUCGUGGGAAGCACGGAUAUUGAGAAACUGUCCAAGAUGCAUAGUCAAAGUACCACGAACUUGACAAAAAUGGCUUCACAUUCCAAGAGUACAACAAGUUUAGGUUUAACAGGACGUAAAAAGAAGGCCGCACCCCCACCCCCACCAGCAGUUAGAGCUUCAAACCCCUCAAUAAAUCUAGAACCCGCUAGUCCCGUAGUUGCUAGUCAAUCAACCACUCACACAAAAGCUACACCCAGUACGUCACUGGACCCCCUAGUUGCACCAAAUUUACCUAAGCCCCUUCCUAGAGGCAAAACUAAGGCUCCGCCAGUACCACGUCCCAGAAGUGAAAUUAUUACUGUGGAAACGAUCAUAGAAGAUAUAGAUGAUACAAAUAACAAGCCUUCAAAAGUUCUUAAAAUAGAUAAUGAUGUUGUUCAAGAAGUUAUUAAAGAAGUAGUUUCAGCGGAGGUUGGGACAGAAUCAAGUACAUUGAAAAAAGAUAUUAUAGUAACCGUUGAACAGGAAAUAGAAACAUUGAAUGACGAAAUUACCAAAGAAAAAGGAAGUGAUAUUAGUGAGUUGGCAGAAAUACCCACGCUUGAUGAUAGUGAAGAUAUUAGUCAUGAUAAAAACGAAGAGAAAUAUAAAAUUGAAGAUAGCAAGAAUACAUCAGAAUUAGUUCGUAGUAGUUUAGACGUAGAUAUAGAUGCUAAUAACAACACAAAUUCAAGCAACGUAACAGAAUAUUCAGAAAAAUUAGCAUACGAUAAAAUAAGGGAAUUACAAAAAAUAUCACAUGGUCUUCUAUUCUCGUCACCAGCUUUUAAAAGACAUAAAGAACAAGAAUCGCGUACAACAAAACCUAUCUCAAAAAGUGAAAAAAUAGAAGAUGUUAAAGAAAAGAGCAUACAUAAAGAUGUAAACAAUGUAACUGCAGAUGUGAAAGAAACAGUAUUAAAACAAGACAUAGCUAGAAUAAACAAAACUAGAAAUGAUGCAGAAAUACAAGAGGAUAUUAAAGUAGAUUGUAAAGAUGAUGAAGCAAUAAAAGAUAUUAGAGAAACAGUAUUACUCCCAGAACAAGAAAUUCAGAUAGAAAAUUCAGUAAAUGUCUUGCCAGAUAUAGAAAAAAAGGUUGUAGCAACUGAAGUAACCCCAGAGACUAAAAUAGAAGAAAUGCAAAGCAAUGUAAAACAAGAAUCUAGUGAAUUAGGUCCAAUCUCUUCUGAGCUAACACUUUCCAAGAAACUACCACCCGAAAUUGUAGCUGUUAUUCCAAAGACUCUAUCUGAUAAAAAAUUGAAUCCUUCAAACAAAUAUGACAGUUUUGGUAAAAGAAGAGUGCAGAAACUUUUUUCUAUCUCCAGCCUAAGCGAAGAUGAAAACGGUAGUAAAUCGGGUAGUGUGUCAAGUAGGACUUCAGUGUCUUCAGCCUUAGGAGCGUUUAACUUCGUGGAUGAGUUUUCCGAUCUGGACGACAAAGUUUUUACAGGCUCUAUAUCAAAGAACUUUUCGUUGAAAGAUGAAGAUUUCUUUAAUGAAUUAUAUGGCAUACACCAUUUGGAAGAUUUUCAACUAAAAAAGAACCAGUCUGUUUGUAGUUUAAGAAGUCUUAGCAGUCUUCCUGGCUUCUUAAAUUCUGGUAGUGGUAUGAGGAAAUGGGUGAAUACUGAAGGCUUAGAUGGACUUUCCAUUUCUGAAGAUCCUAAUUUUAGAUGGGUGAUUGGUGAUUCUGAACCAGAAUCCUUAUCGUCUCAUCAAGCUCUAGAUAAUUUAGCAUCUAUCACGUCUUGCGCAAUUGAUACUUUAACGGAUUCUACGGAUGUUAUAAAACCUUUCGGCUCUACAGAUAGUGGUAUAGCUCCUGAGACGAAUGAAAAGUUAUCAGAAGUAGAAGAUUUGCGACCAAUAACUCCUCCACCUCCCCCUAUUUUUGUGGACGAACCAACGGAAUUUGUAGAACCUGGGAAGGAACCACACGAAGAACUUCAAGAAAAAGUGGAAGAAAGGUUAGAAGAAGCUCUUGUAAUCGAGGAAGCAGAAAAAUCUAUAGAACCUAUUUCAGAAACUAUCACAAGUGAAAAUGAAAGUCUGACAGAACUUGGCAUCGAAACUGAAAAAGAAAACUUAGAAGAAAUAGACUGGCAAUACCAACUGCCUUCACCUCCAAAGGCUUUUAGAGAUUCAAGUCCGAUAAGAAAUGAAGAUACUCUGUCCGAGGCGAAGUCUGUAUCCAUAACCGAUUUUAAAGAUUCUGUGGUAACUUCUCCAGAACUUUUCGAAAAGCUCAAGUCAAUUGAGGACACUCAAUCCGUUCAAUCUGUUAGCACGUUUGUUGGAGAAGAACCACCUCUAAACACCCUUUCACUAGAAAAUUUAGAGAAACGCAAAACUCUAGUAUACAAUCGAGAAUUAUCCAGUCUAAAAAUGAACGAAAAAAAUACUUUUUCUCACUCUUUAAAUAAAUUUGAAAGAACAUAUAUUGAGGUCCAAAAAUCUAGUCAAAAAGAAAUGAGAGAACCUAAAUUCGUACCCAAAUCAAAUACAAAUACGUUGCCCAAUUUCAAAAUAUCCACUUACGACAGGCCUAAACAAAAAAUUAAGGUAUUUGAAGAUGAUACAGUAAGAAGUAACACCGAAUACAUUAACAGGUCUAAAGAGACGGUCAUAGAAAGACAGACCUACUCGUCUAAUGUAAACAGGUCUUUUGCAGCAACAUCAAUGGAAAAUAUAUCUGCAAGAAAAAUAAGUGUAGACAGUCAACCAGAAGAAAGAGAAUACAAUUUCUUUCGUCCUGAUAAAGUUAACACCGCUAGAAAUUUUGGACCAGUUUCAAGUGUCUUUCGUUCGGAAUCAUUUUCAAAAGAAAACACAUGGUCUCCACCUAAACCUGUUUCUAGAUCUAAAUCAUUUUUAACCCUUAACUGGCAAGGUAAAUAUAAAAUUGAAAAACAAAAUAAAGAAGGAGAAGGCAUGGAAAGGAUUAAUAGCUUGUACGAUGUAUCAGGACUACAAAGUUUAGGGGUAAUGAGGCUUAUUCAGAAUAAAUUAAAUACCCCAACAACAUCACUUGAAAAUAUCAACGCACCAGAUCAGUCAAAAGCUAAAAUCGAUCAUCCAAGAGAAACGCCAAUCACGAAACUAUCUCCUGUAGAAACCAUCGAGAAACCUCUGUCAACUGAAAGAAUUUAUAAAUAUCGGGGACCACCUUCUAUCAAUAUGGGUACAUGGUGUGACCGUCCAAAGGUUCCAGUUAGCGUAAAAGAAGAUGAAGACUAUACUCUUGGGAACACCGUAUCUACUAAACUAAUAGUUAAUACCACUAAUAACAACGUUACUAGUAAUAACCGAAUAGAAAUCAAAACUAGCAACAAAGAAGUACAAUCCUCAAAUGAACCAAGUAUAAGCAUUAAAGUAAAUGGUUCUGAAGUGCCCACUACGACAACUGAUACCAAAACUGGCAACGUUGUAAUUAAAAUAGGCCCUAGUUCUAAUUCACAACCUAAAAUAAUAGAUAAUCAAACAUUUAUCAAUCACACAACUGCUGUAGGUUACAGAAAACCCUUUAACGAUAUUAAUAAAAACCAAAGGCCGUACUCAAUAGCCUUCAGUUCCGAAUACGACAUGUCCAGAGUGCCAGUAGUUAGAUCUGUAGAACUUAAAAAACCUUUUAAAGAUUUCGGUAAUACUAGUGUAACUCAAAUAUCUCCAGAUGCUACAGCAGAUAAUAAACCACAUAAUGGUUUCUUAGAAGACAGGAAAGCCGCCCUUAGAAUAAAUAGUUUCACACCUCACGGAGCACCAGUUGUCAGAGGUUUUAAAAGCCUGCCUAAACAAAAAGAAUCAUUCCAACCAAACUCACAAGUGCCUUUUUCACAAGUCACUCUUCGAAGAACGGAAUCCAGUAAAAUCUUAAAUGAACCGAAAGAGCCCGAGGUGAAACCACCUCCUCCGCCAAUGAUGCCCAAAGUUAGUCUUAAGAAGCCCACUAUUAAACACGUUGAGCCUAUUUUGGAUCCCAGAGAUCAAUUACUAUCUCAAAUACGUAAUUUUGGAGGCAAAAAGGGACUGAAGUCUGUCAAAGUUUAAUUAGAUUUUUAAUGUUAUUUAGAAAGUUGGGUAACAUCUUGCCGAUUUUGUUGUAACACUUUUGUCAAAAUAAGAAUACCAUUUAUUUGUUAUAUUGUA